UUUGUUUGUCCAAUCUAAUUUUUACAGAAAUGAUAGAUGAAUUGGUCAAAAAUGGGAAGGAGAUGGAGGCUGUGUAUUUUGCUUCUGAAUCAGGUUUGACUGAAAGAUUUCCUCCUGUUUCUCUGCUCAAGUCUCACAUUAAGAACUCCAAGAAGAAUACAUCCAAUAUCUUGAAGAAUGGCAAUUUUAGUGCAGCUGCAACGGAGGAGUCAAAUUCAGUGGAGCUGAAUUCUAUUAGAGCUGUCAUCAAAUGCGUUGAAGAUCACAAGCUUGAAUCGGACUUUCCUCUUGAUAACUUAAGGAAGCGGGCUUCUAGGCUGGAGAAAACCAAGGCAGAGAGGAAGAAAAGUUCAGCAACAGCAGUUGCUAAGUCUCACAAUAAGCGGGGCCAUGGUGGUAGUGGUGGACCUAGUGGCCGAGGAAACAGGCCACCUGCUUUUCGUCCUUCCAAAGCUGCUAAAUUUUCAAAUGCCUAUUCCCCUUUUGGUCGUCGGAACCCUGCUCCACCACCACAGCAUAGCCCAGCUGCAAGAUAUUCAGGGCCAUAUGAUUACCCUAGCCAGGGUGUCUACGAAAGCCACUCAGCUGCCCCUUAUGCAGCAACUUAUGGCGCAUCCCACAGUCAAAGCCCUGCUGCAAUUCCUCAACAACACUAUUCACUUCCUGUGGACAAUGCAGGUGGUGCUGCUUUCCGUGCAAGUGGUUCUUAUGGGGGACAGGCCAAUUAUGGUGCAUAUGAUUAUGGCACAGGUACACCACCUACAUACCAGCCUUCAUCGUACACACAAUAAUGGGGAAUGUGGACCAGUCAGAUGAUCAGUGGUGCUAUGGUGCUAUAAUGCUCAAAAGAAGCGGGGCCAUGGUGCUAAUGGUGAAUCUGAUUUCCUUUAUUGAUUUGUUUUAAGUCAUCCUUUUUUCUGUAUGUUUUCAAUCAUCUUACCAUGUUUUAGUUUUCAAAAUCGUUGUAGUCUAUUUGAAAAUACUUUUGUAUCUUGUCCAUUUGGUAGUGGUAUAUACUUUGAAGAAAGACCAGUUACAACUAAAGAA